UCACCAGAGGAAAAAGGGCAGUCCAUUGGGUCGAGGACGGUAGAUUUACGAGGUUCAGGAUUUGUUAGGAAACGAGCAUCGAUAUCAGGAGGAGAUCAAUAUAUUUUGCCUUCCUCGUUCGAUGGUGCUGGGAUCGACUUUUUACAUCUCAACGUCACCUAGCAGCAGAAAUAUGUUUCUUCGAACAAACGUUUUCUCAGACGUAAUUUCGUAAUUCGGUUCAGAUAUACCCAGAAAAAAUCAGCUAAAUACAUUUCUCUCGACACAUGAUUUGGUUGUAGUCACAUUAUAUGGUUAUAGUUUCCAAAUCAUAUGUUGAGAGAAAUAUUUUUAACUGAAUUUUUUCUGGGUGUAGUUCCACAAUAAAAUAAGUGUAGUAUAUGUAAAUAUUAAUACUUAAAAUACAAUGAACAUAUUCUUUCAGAUCGACUUAGUUGACUUGGGUCAACAGCACUAUCCACGUUAUUUAAUGAAUGCCGUUUGUCAAAGCAAUCAAUCGCCAAAUGAAUAUCCGCAGAAGUGUUGGCGUGGAUCCUACUGCAAGCCAUUGGAAUAUAAAGUGAAAGUACUCACACCUCGAACUCUCUUAGAUCAGGCACAAAAUGACCCGGCACUGGCAUGGUUACCCGAUGAACUCAGACAAGAUUGGAAAUUCAAAACUGUUGCAGUUGCGGCUGGUUGUUUUUGUUCAUAUUAAAUAUGAAUUUGG